CUGUGCAGUGUAGCGAGGAAAGUCAAUAAUAUUGAAAGUAAACAGCAAAAAGAUGUUUCAUUUAAAAAACCCAGAGAGAUUAAACAACGAUGUUUUUGGUUGGUUUAUCGAUUUUACACGGAUUGAUCGCGUUGGUUCCUGUUUCUUUGUGGCGUGGUAUCCUGAAUAAGACUCCUCUCUCGUGACUCGUGUUCUCCUAUUAUCUUUCUCGUUAUCUCAGGAGGUGGGACAGAUUUUAUACCUGUCAUUUGUGGCUUGCCUGGAUACGAUUAAUAUACAUCUUCAUCAGCCCUCGGGGAACAAACGAUUUAUUUGUUUUCCAUUGAGUGUCGGUGUCGGGAAUUUUGAUCCAAGUGGAGCAGGCCGUUAUAUACUGUGUUAAAAGGUAAAACAGAAAGGUGCAAAUGCACUGUCGUAUCUGUUCAUGUUUGAUAAAUUUCCCGUCGACGCCCGCGGCUACAUAAAACCUAAAUCAUUAUUUAUAAAGAUAAAAGGCAAAUUAAGUGUGUAUGUAUAUGGUAAAUACCUGAGGACGCUUGAAGCUGCUUUUCCUGGGAGUAUAAACAACAACCAUGAUUCCCGAGUCAGUCAGUGAAACUGUGACAAAUGUCCCAGUACCCAACUAUCGGGAGGACUCGGACAUUAGCGUCCUUUUCUUCGCAGCAAUGAAGAGAUUCCAUGAAGAAGUGGAUUUCAAACCGGUGCUAAGACCUGUCAAUCACGAAGACACAAUCGUAUGUUUCAAGGACUGUACAAAAAAGCGUUACGUUAGCAAAACUUUCUAUGAACCGAGAGUAAAACCAAAGGUAUUCUCGGAAAGUAUGGUGAUAUAUCCGAAGCGGCCUGAGCGAACGUUCGUGACUUUGUUGGAUUAUCAUAUAGAGGAGUGUAGAAAGUGGUUUAAAACUACCCUGGAAUUCAAAGCCCGGACUUACACAAGCAGUAAAAUCAUGAAGGACAGCGGUUAUGGUUCCGAUUUGGAUUCUUCUAGUGAUGAGGAUACAGAGACUAAAGAAACAGACACUGGACCCGGAGCCUCAUCAGUGUACAUCCCACGCUUUGACAAAUGGCAAUCUGAAAUUGAGGACUUCGGGGACCUCGAAAAACAGAUUCUAGUUAAUGGUUAUCAUGAUUAUGAAUGUUAGGUUUAGUUUUUAUUAUAUUUAAGUGAUCGAUCGAACUUAGAAUCAUGUAAAAUCUAGAGUAUAAAUGGUAGGCUUUUAUGAUAUGAAAUGAGUGUUCAAGGUGAAAAAUUCUUGAGUGGGUGUUGAAAAGAUUAAUUGAACAUAAAUAUAUAUAUGAA